AUCUCGCCCGCUUGAUAGGAUUUCUCUCCUGCUGCCAUAAUCCAUCAUAAUCCUUGUUGUGUUGCUGUUGGUUUAAUCGACAAGUCACUCGUUUUGUUCGUCUUUUAUUCCUCCCUCAUAUCCAACUCUCUACUGGUUUAUACUUCCCGCCGUUCGUUCGCUUCCCCGGAGUCAGGGCAUGUAGGACAAUUUCAGUGUUAUUCUUAUCUUUUUUGAGUCGCGCAAUUAUCGGUGCAGACCACUUUCUUGAUGUUCGUCCCGGCAAUGCAGCGCUCGGCGAUUCUGAUCCUAUCGUUGCUGAGCAUCACUGCAUUCGGCUGGCCGUACGAUGAAUCGCUCGUUGACUACAACUUGAAUGAAAACAAAUCAGCAGAACACCCAAUCAAUUACUGGGGAGAAUGGUCGGGUCACGACUACCAUCCCUCGCCAGAUAACUGGCGCUUUCCCGUCUAUACGAUUUUCCUGGACCGCAUCGCGAACGGUGAUCCCGCAAACGAUGACAUUAACGGAACAACCUUCGAACAUGUAUUGAACUCCAAUCAAAUGCGCCAUGGCGGCGACUUGGUCGGCUUGAUUGAUUCGCUGGACUACAUCCGGGGUAUGGGCUUCAAGGCUAUCUACUUCGCUGGAACCGCCCUGAUGAACCUUCCUUGGGCCUACGAUGGCUAUUCCCCAGUUGAUACCACUCUUCUCGACAUGCACCAUGGCACACUCGAGGACUGGAGACGGACCGUUACCGAGAUCCAUGACCGUGACAUGUAUGUGAUUAUGGACAAUACGCUUGCAACUUUGAGUAACCUGAUCGGUUUCAAAGGCCAUCUUAACGACUCGGCUGAUUUCAACCCGAAAGAGUACGAAGUCGAGUAUAUCUCAGAGAGACAGUACGCGGACUUUAAAUUCGGAAACGAUUACAACGAGACUUGCAAUUACCCAAGGUUCUGGAACGAAACUGGAUAUCCAUUGACCGGCGGAGGUGUCGAGGAUCUGAAAGGUUGCUACAACAGCGACUUUGACCAGUACGGAGAAUUGGAGGCAUUUGGUAACUUCCCUGACUGGAAGCGCCAACUCACCAAAUUCGCCUCGGUGCAGGACCGUCUCAGAGAAUGGCACAAACCCAUCCGCGAUGUCAUCACCCAGCAUUCCUGCAUUGUGAUUGCGAGUCUCGAUAUUGACGGUUUCCGAUUCGAUAAAGCUGUACAGUCGACCCUAGAUGCACUCGGUGACAUGACUGCUGUAUAUCGUGAAUGUGCGAAGAAAUAUGGAAAGAAGAACUUCUUCCUCCCUGGCGAAAUCACGUCCGGAAAUACCUUCGGUAGUCUUUAUCUCGGCCGUGGCCGUCAGCCUGACCAGACACCAGACUCAGCAGGAGCCGCUGUCAAAUUGACGAAUACUUCGGAUGAGUACUUUCUUCGAGACGAUGGGCUUCAGGCACUUGAUGCCGCUGCCUUCCACUACACGAUUUACCGGUCGAUGACUCGUUUCCUCGGCAUGGACGGUAACUUGGUCGCCGGUUUCGACUUGCCCACGGAUUUCAUCGAGGCUUGGAACGGCAUGUUGGUGACGAACGACAUGAUCAACGCGAUCACAGGCGAGCUCGACCCGCGACACAUGUACGGAGUCUCUAACCAGGACAACUUCCGCUGGCCCGCUGUCAAAAAUGGCACGGAUAAGUAUCUCCUAGGUUUGUACAUUGUCACACUGGAGCUUCCUGGUAUUCCUCUAGUUCUGUGGGGCGAGGAGCAGGCCAUGUACGUGUUUGACGCCACAGCCUCGAAUUAUCUAUUUGGUCGGCAGCCCAUGACUUACCACACUGCCUGGUGGACGCACGGCUGCUUCAACCUGAACACUUCCAAGUUCUACGAUUUCCCCAACGAGAAGGGAUUGUACGGGUGCCAUGACAUUACUGUCACCUACGACCAGCGGAACCCGGCUCACCCUCUUCGCAACAUCAUGAAGCGUAUGUUUGAGGUCCGCGAGCACUACCCGGUUGCCAAUGAUGGUUUCUACCUCGAGACGAUCUCUCAGCUCACCCAGGAUAUCUAUUUGCCUGGAUCGUCGACUACGCCAACAGUCACUGGUCUCUGGUCAGUGCUGCGAAGCUACUUCCCAGGCGUUCAAAAGGAGUCUACCGGGGCCAAUAACACCAUCUGGCUCGUCUACCACAACGACAACAAGACAGUCACCUACGGCGAAAACUGUAGCAACAAAAGUUCUGCAUUGCUGGCUCCUUUCAAAUCGGGUUCAAAGCUGAAGAACGUUUUCUAUCCGUACGACGAGCUUGAGUUGGAAGAUGGUCCCAGUGGCCAGGACUACGGCUGUUAUAAAGGCAUGAAGCUGCUUCCUUGGGAGUACCGUGCCUACAUUGAAGCUGAAGACUUCGUUGAGCCUCGUCCUACCGUGACCGAAUUUAUUCCUGGUCACGACGUGCGCCUACUUUCCAUGGAUGACAAGGCUCAGACGGUCAAUAUCUCGUUUGGCUACUCGAAAGAGAUGGACUGCGACGGUAUCACGAAAGCAGUCUCCCUGAACUCCACAACUCACAAGGGUGUCACAGCCUCAUUGGACAAGUCCACAGUCACUUGCACCAAUAUUACUGCACGAACAAGCAAGGAGAACUAUGUCGGCGAAAUCCCCACGAUUUGGACAUGGUCUGCUCAGUUGACCGAUGUCUACCAUGGUGUCCAUCAAAUCACCGUCAAGAAUGUUUCCACUACCUCUGGGACUCACACUGACUCUGUGGACCGGUUCUUGUUCCGUGUCGGAUCUCCGAGCAAUCCUCUGAUCUCGCCGUUGAUGAACUACUCGAGUACCCUGGUACACAAGUCCGACAAUGGAAAUGUUAUUGUGCAGCAUGAGGCUGCGGGUGCCGAUCAGUUUCGCUACUCGACGACUUUUGGCCGGAGCUGGUCCAACUGGACCACGUAUGAAGGUGGCAACACCACUAUUCAGGAACUUGAAUUUGACGGCACGAAGAGCCAGAAAUGGAAGGGAACACACGUCCAGGUGCAAUACUUUUCCAGACUUACUGGCAGCAGUGCGUAUCUGCAGGAAGGUGAUGUUGACUGGGAGGAUGGGGUGCCUCGCCGAUUCCCUCAUCUGUGGUGGAAUGGUCCAUACAACCAGUAUGGUUACGAUUCUGGUCUAGAUGCAAAAAUGCGUUACGAUAAGAAAGAGCAGCGCUGGAAGUACGAUUUUGUCACCGAGUGGCCGUCUGUGGGACAGAUCAGUGUCUGGGGGAUCGGAGAAGAUGGUAUCCCUGAUACGACCGAGGUUUACGGCGAUGUCGACAACUCGUCCGUGGUGCAGAAGCUUCCUCCGUCAUACCUCUCUUCCAACGUGAUUAACAUCACUGAUCUGCCUCCCUUCCCACACCUCGGGUGGACCAUCUCCUUGAACGAUGCCACCUUCCGAUAUGAUUUGCUCCCUGUUGGAUCGGGAUGGGCGCAGCUUGUGCUCUAUGUCCUGUUGUGGGUCAUUCCGAUCCUUAUGGGUCUUGUGGGUGUCUACUUGUUCAUUCGGACAUUCUAUCGCGUCGAACUCAACACCGACGGUAACAUGGUUACCAAGGAUGGUGCAAUGCCGCUAGUCUUCUGGCGCCGACUCAAGGACAAGCUCGGUAGUGACGACGACUCGGUUCACGCAAUGUCUGACGUAUCAGGGCCAAUGGACGUGGCAAUUGCCGGCGUUCCUGAAGAACGGCGGACCGUGCUUAUCGCUACCAUGGAAUACAACAUUGAGGACUGGAAGAUCAAGGUCAAGAUUGGUGGUCUUGGUGUAAUGGCGCAGCUCAUGUCCGCGAAUCUCAAGCACCAGAACCUGAUCUGGGUUGUUCCUUGCGUUGGUGAUAUCGAUUAUCCCACUGACUCGCCUGCUGAACCUUUCGUCGUCACCAUUCUAGAGAAGCCAUAUCUUGUGAACGUCCAGUAUCACAUUGUCGAUAAUAUUACCUACGUGCUUCUUGACGCGCCAGUCUUCCGUCAACAAACUAAAGCGGAGCCUUACCCACCUCGUAUGGACGAUCUUGAGAGUUCCAUCUACUACUCAGCUUGGAACCAGUGUAUCGCCGAGACUAUCAAGCGAUUCCCCUCGAUCAAUCUCUAUCACAUUAACGACUUCCACGGCUGCUUGGCACCUCUGUACCUUCUGCCAAGUCAAACCAUUCCCGUCUGCUUGUCUCUGCAUAACGCCGAAUUCCAGGGUCUCUGGCCAUUACGCACCCAGCAAGAGAAGAAGGAAGUUUGCUCUGUCUUUAAUCUUCCCGUCGAGGUUGCUACCAAAUACUGUCAAUUCGGAAACGUGCUCAACCUUCUUCAUACCGGAGCCAGUUACCUACGAUUCCAUCAACGCGGGUUCGGCGCUGUGGGCGUGUCCAACAAAUACGGAAAGCGCUCUUGGGCUCGUUACCCGAUCUUCUGGAGUCUUGACAAAAUUGGCAGUCUUCCGAAUCCCGAUCCCUCUGACACAGCUGCCCUGGACGAGAACGCAGAUGCUCCACUUCUUUCUACUGAAGAGCGAAUUGAGCACAAGCUGCAGGCGCAGAAAUGGGCUGGACUGAACGAGGACCGUGAUGCUGAUCUGCUCGUCUUCGUGGGCCGAUGGUCGAAACAAAAGGGCGUGGAUUUGAUUGCCGAUGUCAUGCCGGCCAUCCUAUCUGCCAGACCUAAUGUUCAACUGAUUUGUGUAGGCCCAACCAUCGAUCUUUACGGUAAGCUGGCGGCCACCAAGUUGGAGCGGAUUAUGGAGAUGUUUCCUGGAAGAGUUUUCUCUAAGCCAGAGUUUACCAUCCUGCCUCCUUACGUCUUCUCGGGUGCCGAUUUCGCGCUUAUUCCAUCGCGAGACGAGCCAUUCGGUCUGGUCGCUGUUGAGUUUGGUCGAAAGGGUGCCCUGGGAAUUGGUUCUCGCAUCGGUGGACUGGGCCAAAUGCCUGGUUGGUGGUAUACUGUGGAAUCAGAUGCUACACGCCACUUGUUGCAUCAAUUGAAAAAGGCCAUCAAGUCUGCGCUCGACUCGACUCAGGAAACCCGUGAGGAGAUGCGUGCCAACUCCGCCAAGCAGCGUUUCCCUGUACUCGAAUGGAUCCAGAAACUUGAAGUACUACAAAGAACCGCGAUCCAGAUCCACUACAAGAAGAACCAGAGCACCGUCGCAGGCCCCAUGCCGGAAUCACAGACCUACUGGGAGACACCUAGCAUGCCUCCGAGUGCCCGUAACUCCACGCUGAGCCUUACUGGGUUGGCCGACGGAGGCUCGGACAAUUCUCCCGGAAAGGUCAUGCUUAAUGCGCAGUCUCGACUACAAGAAUUGCAGGCAGAUGAUAACAGGAACAGCGGCCUCGGCCGCAAACUUUCUCUUGGUCGACGAGCUGGGCCUGGCCAAGGCAAGAAACUUUUUGGCAAGCCACGCGGCAGUAGAAUUGUUGAGCAGGAGGACGAUGAUCUGACUGAUUUCGAUGAUGAAACCGAUGCUACUCACCAGUCGGACUACAUCUCUCCCGACGAGGCGAUGAGGGCAGUAAACAGCACUCUGGCGGCGCAGGAACUCGGACAGACACUCGGAAAUGGAAGCUCACUCUCACUGGCCGGUCCCCGACGGGGUUCUCACCUUGGGGUUCCAGGCUCACCCGGCCAGAUCUCGCGAGCAUCUUCUCCGCUCCCGACUCCAUCUGACUGGCCCUUGUCUCCAGGCUUGAGUGAGACGACUCCCUUUGCCCAUGCUCGCAAUGUGUCUGUUCUAUCUCUACCUUCCGUUGUGGGUGACCACAGUCAUGGCAACGAGACCCAGCCUGUCUUUGAACUACAGAAGGUCGAUCCUACCUUCACGGACAGCAUGGGCCACUUCACUCGACGCUUCGAGGAGCGUCUUAGGAAGUACGACAAGAACUCCAUCAAUGAUGACUGUAUCGAGACCUACCUGAUGAAGAGUGAACGCAAGUUCUUCAACAUGUACAACGACGCGCAGCUUAAGAAGCACAUUGAAGACCGACCCAUGACCUCGCCCAAAUCCGAGAAUUUUGUCCAGGACACCUCGUACAAUCGUGUCUCAGACGCAGGGCCGAACUCCAACGAAGAUGAGAUUGACCGAUGGCUCGCUCGUUUGGGGUACAGCCGUCCGAUGUUCCUACAGCGAUUCAUGAGGCGGCGCAUUGGAAAUUGGCCGAUUUACGCUCUCUUCCUUGGUCUUGGGCAGAUUAUCGCGACGAACUCCUCGCAAAUGACCUUGUUGGCCGGUCAGGUUGGUGAAACAGCCACCAAGGUAUAUGUUAUUGCCGCGAUUUACUGUGUUUCUUCGAUCUGUUGGUGGUUCCUGUACUACACUGUUCCUUCGGUGAUCGUCCUCAGUCUUCCCUGGUUUAUCUACUGUAUGGCUUUCGUGGUCAUGGGCAUUUCGCCAUUUGGUGCCUCGACUCUUGGUCGCGCAUGGGCUCAAAAUGUGGCUGCUGGUGUGUAUGCUGCUGCGUCCUCCAGCGGCUCGCUCUUCUUCGCCCUCAACUUUGGUGAUCAGGGUGCAGUCCCCGUCAAGGAUUGGAUGUUCCGUGCCGCUAUGAUCCAGGGUAUUCAGCAAAUCUACACCGUCGCUCUCUGGUACUGGAGUCAAAGGGUCACAACGGUCGAGGUCGCCGGCGUUUCUACUCUCGCCCUGAACACCUGGCGCCUGACUGCAGUGGUGAUGCCCAUCGCCGCUGUAUGCUUCGUGAUCGGUGUCCUUCUUGCUCUGGGUCUGCCAAAGUACUACCGUCAGGCACCGAGCCGUAUCCUCGACUUCUACACCUCGCUCCUCCGGCGCCGCAUCGUCCUCUGGUUCUUCUUUAUGGUGAUCAUUCAGAACUGGUUCCUUGCCGCUACCACUGGUCGCAAUUGGUCCUUCCUGUGGUCCUCUAAGCAUGCGAAGACAUGGGAGGUUGUUAUCCUCGUGAUUGGGUUCUUUAUCGUGCUCUGGAUUGCUAUAAUGCUUCUCUUCCGCUACCUGGGCAAGGAGCAUACCUGGGCACUCCCUGUCUUCGGAUUGAGCUUGGGUGCCCCUCGAUGGGCCCAAAUUUGGUGGGGAACCUCGAAUAUCGGGCACUACCUCCCUUGGGCUGGCAGUCUUACCUCUGGUGCGCUUGUUUCGCGAGCCAUCUGGCUUUGGCUGGGUGUUCUCGACGAGAUACAGCAAGUCGGACUUGGUAUGAUCCUCCUGCAAACGUUGACCAGAGUCCACGUUUGUUUUGUGCUCUUGGCCGCACAGGCCUUUGGCUCCAUCGCUACGAUGGCCGCGCGUGGAUUUGCCCCGAACAAGGUUGGACCAGGUGGUAUUUCGCCCGAUGUGGGCACCAGUGUUGACAAGGUUGGGAACGCCUGGUUCUGGAUCUCGCUUUUCUUCCAACUUCUGGCAGCCUGGGGUUUCUUCUUCUUUUACCGAAAGGAACAGCUCAACAGGCCUUGAUGUGAUCAUGACUUGUGUUUAAUCUUGUUUUGCAUAUACCAUGCAUACAUAUAUUAUCUCAUUU